AUGGCACAAUCAAAACAACAAGAUACGUUAAGAUUAAAAAUUGCUAAAACUGGAGAUAAAUUUCUAAUAAGAAACAACCCUAAUGUAACAAACUGUAUGGAUAUAGACUGUGAGAAGGAGGAAACCGACAAACAGUCAAACAGUGAAUACCGUCCUGUCCAUAACAAAAAGCGCAAAGUCAUAAUACCUGAUAAUCACAACAUAACAAACUCAGAACUGCUACAGCAAGACAAAUGGCUCUCGAAUAAUAUACCACUUACAAACCUAUUUAGUUUACUACCUGAAGUCACUGAUGAACCAUCAGAGUCCGUCAAUAAGGAGACUCCUCAACCGAAACCGCCUCCAAUUCAUAUCGAAGCUCAAAUUAUAGAACCACUACUGGAUCUUUUAAAAGAAACAGCGGACAACAAAUAUACAAUGAAACAACUACAAAACAACCAGGUAAAAAUCCAAGCCGAUACAACCGAUAUAUACAGUAAAAUAGUACUAGCCCUAAAGGAAAAGAACGCUAACUUUUACACUUACCAAUUAAAAACAGACAAAAGUUACAAAGUUGUACUAAGAGGAAUGCACCCCAAAACUAACACUAAUAGAAUCAUUGAAGAAUUAAAAGAACUAAACCAUAAAGUAAGACAAAUAAACAACAUAGUUAAAUACGAUACAAAACAGCAAUUACCACUUUUCUUCAUAGAGUUAGAACCCAAUGUUAACAACAAGGAAAUAUAUAAAAUAGAUCGGCUACUAAAUACCGUAAUCUCCUUUGAACCGCCAAAAAAGAAAAGAGACAUCCCCCAGUGCAUGCGAUGUCAAACCUACGGCCAUACAAGGAACUAUUGCAACAAAAUCCCCGCGUGCGUAAAGUGUGCAGGUAAGCACUUAACUUCAAACUGCUCCUUGGAACGUAAGAUAGAAAAUGUGAAAUGCUUUAACUGCCAGGGCAAUCAUCCCGCCAGUUACAAAGGAUGUAUCAUAAGAAAACAACUCCAGCAGAAAAUGUAUCCCGCCCUUAGGCAAAGAGCAUUAGACAGUAACUCGAAAAACACUACACAAAACCACAUCCCGAAUCACAACAAUAAUGAUAAAACCCGACAGAUAAACACAACAAAUAAAAGCUACGCCCAAGCACUAUCGUCCCAAAUACAAAGUCAAUCUUACCUCCCGAAUCAAAACAAUGACACAGAUAAUGAAACCUCGGAAAUCAAAAAUCUACUUAUACAAUCAACUAAAAAUACGGAACUUAUAGCAAACAUGCUCCUAGAACAAACCAAGUUAUUACAACAACAGACCCAACAAAUAAACGCUAUGAUACAACUACUAACCAACAUGAUAUCUAACAACAAAAAAUAA